UCUUACAGUUCAGUUGCAAAAUGCUGCUCAAAAUGAUUUGUGUAAUAUUUGUAAUAAAUGCAUUUAUUUCAAUAACUAAAGCAAUUGAAAUUUCCGAACUUAAUGAAACGAGAAUAUUUCUAUCCAUAAAUUCCCAACUGUCCGAGUUGAGAUCGGAACAGGAACGACAAGGAAAAUUAAUGGACGGACUUGUCAAGGAUUCGGAUAAAUACAAUUUGAGAUCUUACCCACGCAGUUGUGCCGAAGUCAAGAAAAGUGGAAUUUCUGAUAUACUUCUACCUAACUACAGUAACCAACCUUUUAAAGUUACCUGCGAUGCGGAAACUCAUGAAGGAGGAUGGACAAUAAUUCUGAGGAGGAUGGAUGGAAGUGUAGACUUUCAUCGCAGCUGGAAUAUUUACAAAAAGGGCUUUGGGGAUUUAGAUGGAGAGUUCUUUCUGGGUUUGGAAAAAAUACAUGCACUCACCGCAGAGCGAAGUCAAGAGUUGCUUGUUCUUCUUGGGGAUUAUCAAGGUAAUUCAAGCUACGAAGCUUAUGAGAAAUUUGCAAUCGGAGGCGAAGAGGAAUUAUUUGCACUACGUACACUGGGCAAAGCCAGUGGAGAUGCUGGAGAUUCAUUGCGGAAACAUCAUGGCAUGCAAUUCUCAACUUAUGAUCGGGAUAAUGAUCGGGAACCCAACAAACAUUGUGCUGAAUUUUAUACUGCCGCCUGGUGGUACAGAGGAUGUCAUGACAGUAACUUGGCUGGUGUCUAUAAUACCAACACCACAGGCAGAGGCAUCAAUUGGCGUUCUUUUCGAGGAGUUGAAUAUUCCCUGAAAUCUGCUGUAAUGCUUAUAAGACCGAGAAAGUGAAGCUGCUUUGAAGUUAAAUUAAUUUUAAAUUAACAUACUUCUUAAUGUGAUAAUCUUGUAAUCAGCCAAAGUGGACUAAUUAGUGGAACAACGGAAGGAAUAAGUUAAACAUAAAUUAGCCACGCGAAUGUCAUUCGAUCAGGUUAAGUUGCCCCUCUGUUCCUCUUGCCCUUCUUGCUGCUCUUGCCACACGGUUCAUUUCUUAUUUGGCGUGGCAAUUAACACGCCUCUAUACACUUGCCCCCGUCAUGUCCUGCAGGACGAAACAGGACGAGCUUAAAAUCGCAAUGCCAUCGAACCGAACCGCAGAGGAGAAGGCGCAUAAAGCGUGCAUUGGAAAUUAAUUGCGGCUUCUGCAGCUUUGGGUGUGUGCGUGUGUGUUGCAGGUGCACAUACGUGAACGAAGCAACAUCAUCCUACAUACAUAUACUACACAUAUAUUUACGUUCUUUGCUGCUUGGCUCUCUUCAAGCUUUGGAGAUGACUCUGCAUCCCAUCGUGCCACAAAAAAA